GUUGUGUAGCUUAAUGCACUUGUAGAGGUCGGAGCAGCAUUGAAACUAGGCUAACGGCAAUCUUGAGUAGUGCAACCGCUCAUUACUGUUCUUGUAAGUGUACAGAUAUCUGCCAUUACAGUGUGCCGACAGAAUAAAUCCAGCAGCCAUGAGUGGACCUAGGAUAAACAUAGAGGAACCGCGUUAUGACCAGAACACGUAUAUGGGCCGUGCAAAACACUUUGUGAUAACAACAAACCCCCUCAAUGUCCUGGCCACUAAUGCACAGCUAGAUAAAGCCAAGUCCAUCGUGGAAAAAUACAGAAAGGGAGAAGAUUUACCUGGAACAUCAGAGGAUGAUAUUUGGAGAGCUAAACAACUCUACGACUCUGCCUACCAUCCGGACACCAAAGAGAAGAUGAUGCUGAUUGGUCGAAUGUCAGCCCAAGUACCAAUGAACAUGUGUAUAACAGGAUGUAUGAUGACAUUUUAUAGAACUUCCCCAGCCGUUAUAUUCUGGCAGUGGUUUAAUCAGUCCUUCAAUGCUGUUGUCAACUACACCAAUAGAAGCGGAGAAAACCCUGUCCCCAUAAGUCAACUGGGUUUGUCCUAUGUGUUAGCGUCGGGAGGCGCUGUCGGAACAGCCAUGGGCAUCAAAAGCCUAGUCAAGACUUUCCCACCUGUUGUUGCCCGACUUGUACCAUUUACAGCUGUAGCCUCGGCCAAUUGUAUCAACAUUCCCUGUAUGAGAAGCAGGGAACUCAUGGAGGGUAUCACUAUAAUGGACGAGGAGGGUAACAAGUUAGGAGAGUCCAAAAUGGCCGCCAGGAGUGCCAUUGGUCAGGUGGUUCUCUCGAGGAUAAUGAUGGCCCUACCAGGAAUGACUAUUCCUCCGUUCAUCAUGAACCAUUUAGAAAAGAAAAGCUUUAUGAAGAAAAUGCCAUGGCUUAAUGCUCCGAUCCAGGUUUCCCUCGUUGGAUUUUUUCUGAUAUUUGCCACACCGUUAUGCUGUGCUAUGUUUCCCCAGAAAAGUUCAAUCAGUGUGAAUAACUUAGAGCAAGACUUAAAGGACAAACUGAAGUCGCUCCCAAACCCUCCACAACGAGUCUACUUCAACAAGGGGCUCUGAGGUGUAGUCUGAGUAGCUGUGGGACUCCUGUCCAUCACAAGGAAACUUACCGGUAUAUUAUAGUGCUAAUGAAAGAUAAUGUUAAAUGUAACAUUUCUAGUGAGAAUCAUCAUGAAAAUUUUAAAUAUCAGAUAAUGUUGUCAAGGAUGCUGUGUUAAUCUUUGAUAUAAAGGGAAAACUUAUCAGAUUGAAAAGUGUGUAGAAAGCCGUACAAAAUCUGUGUGACAUACAUGAUACCAGUGAAGCCUGCUAUAUUAAAGGUUGUUUUUGUUCUAAUUUUCAUUGAGCAUAAGUGAUAGUUCCUUUUUUGAAUUUGGGUUUCCUUUAAGUUAUUUUCUAUUUUUUAAGGAAAACCUAAAAGUUUGCUAUUCAUCCUAAAUUCAAAGGCAAUGUAAACUUUAAAGUCUUGAAAACUGAAAAUUAGUCAUCAACAUUAAUACCACUUUUGUGUAUGUUUUGUUUUGUUUUGGACAAAGCCCUAAUUUUCAUUAUAGUAUGUAGGUAUGCGAUACUUCUCAGAAAUUUCCAUGACUUUCCUGAGAUGUAGCAGUUCAUGAAAGUUCUAGGAAAUCUUUUGUUAAAACAAUUCCAACUAAUCGCCUGAUAAAAAGUGGUUAUACUUAUAGAGUGUGUACCAAUGAUGAUCUCUGUACUCAGGUUUAAUACAUACUUAUCAUAAAGAAGUAGAAAUUAGAAGAUAGACAUAUAUUGCAAUUGGUCAGUCGCAUUCAUACCACCACACGAUCUACAGCUGUCGAGUAUAUUAGAGUUAUCUCCCUUGUUUGAAUUCUUAGUACAUGUAAUAUAAACAAAUCAACUUUUUACUGAUCAUGAAGAAAAUUCUUCAUCUUUCUAGCAUGGAAAUCUUUUUGGAAAAGAGUUAUUUUGAUAGUAAGCUAUAGCAUGCUUUGUAGUUGAAUUAUCUCCCUUGUUUGCUUUGAUUUGUGUUAUAAAACGAAAGUAAUCAUAUAUUUACACAUCAUGAAAGAUAUUCUUCAGCUUUAUAAGUAUGAAAGUCUUUUUGGAGAAGAGGUACAUUUUAUAUUAGUCUAUAGCACACUUACUUGCUCAUAACACACAGACGCUUUUACUUAAAAGACUAUAGAAAUCAGUCAAAUAAUUGAGGCUUUUGUUUCAGUAUUCCUCUUUGAUGACCACCGUAAUAGAGUACUCUAUAUGACGUCAUGAUAAGUGAGUCUGUCUGUCCCUGUAAGCACACUCCUACCUUUAUCUUGGAAAGAGUAUUGGCUCAUUUAAAUAAAGUCCAUAAAAAGGUUGUUAUGUGAAUGCAGUCAGACAGCUCUUCAUGAAGAGAUGGUCAGGCUUAGCACUGUAGAUAAUCAAUUAAAAAAAAUGACCAACACUGAUUUUGAUUGGAAAGACAUAUCUACCUGGUAAACAUAUCUAAAUAUAGAUUGAUUAAACACAUUCCUUCUCUAUGAUUUUGUAAGGGUACAAUGUGCUUACUCGACCAACAAUAAGCACCCCCCCCCCCCCCCCCCCCCCCCCCCCCCC